AUGCUGCGCCGAACGGCCCUCUCUGUGCGUCGUGAUUGUUACCUCCAAGGUUCGAACAGACUGAGCUUCCUGGCGAGGCAUGGUGUACGCGCCUCCUCUACACGGUCGUGUUUUCCAUCCACCGCAUCCAACGACACCAAACUUGACGACACGACCAUUUUCCUUGAUAACAAGGCCGUAUCAUCAGAAGCCACCAAGUGGUACAGUGUUGUCAACCCAGCGACUGGCAAUGUGGUGACUCGUGUUCCCCAGUGCACAAAUGCCGAGAUGCAAGCAGUCGUCGCCAGUGCCGAGAAGGCCUUUUCGUCGUGGAAAACCACAAGUCUACUGCAUCGGCAGUCCAUCAUGUUCAAAUACGUCUCCUUGAUCAAGGACAACUGGGACCGACUGGCCGCCAGCAUAACGCUUGAGCAAGGCAAGACUUUUGCCGAUGCCAAGGGAGAUGUGCUGCGUGGUCUCCAGGUCGCAGAAACUGCGUGUGGAAUCACCACACAGAUGCCGGGCAAGGUGCUUCGUGUAGCCAAGGACAUGGAGACCAGGAGCUACCGCGAACCAAUUGGUGUUGUAGCGGCAAUCUGUCCAUUCAACUUUCCAGCAAUGAUUCCUUUAUGGUCCAUUCCCAUUGCAGUUAUUACGGGCAACUGUAUAAUCGUGAAACCCUCGGAGAAAACGCCCACGGCAGCCAUGAUUCUCGCGGAAUUGGCUGUUGAUGCUGGCUUCCCUCCUGGCGUGAUCAAUAUCCUCCACGGCAGCCGUGACAGUGUCGACUUUUUGAUUGAUCAUCCCAGUAUCAAGGCCGUCAGCUUUGUCGGCGGUAAUCAGGCAGGCGAGUACAUCCACGGCCGAUGUAGCGCUCUGGGGAAGCGCGUGCAGGCCAACCUGGGAGCCAAGAACCAUGCCGCGGUUCUUCCAGACUGUGACAAGAACCAGGCGCUCAACGCCAUUGUCGGUGCCGCCUUUGGAGCUGCUGGGCAACGCUGCAUGGCCCUGAGCACCCUUGUGCUGGUUGGCGAGAGUCGAGAGUGGAUUCCAGAACUCGUCGCGAGGGCUCAAGCUCUCAAGGUCGACGGGGGCUUCGCAUCAGAGGUUGAUGUGGGACCAGUAAUCACCUGGGAAUCAAUGAAGAGGGUAGAAGAGUUGAUAGACAGCGCCAAGGACGAGGGCGCUCAGAUAGUCCUCGAUGGACGCGGUAUCCGGCCUCAAAGGUUUCCCAAAGGGAAUUUCGUUGGGCCAACCAUUAUUUCGGGCGUAAAACCCCAUAUGCGUUGUUAUAAGGAGGAAAUAUUUGGGCCUGUCCUCAUCUGCCUGGAAGUUGAUACCAUCGACGAAGCAAUUCAGCUUAUCAACGGAAAUGAAUACGGUAACGGAGUUGCCGUGUUUACACAGAACGGAGGUCUUGCGACUUACUUCCAGGACAACAUCGAAGCCGGGCAGGUUGGUAUCAAUGUUCCCAUCCCGGUACCACUCCCGAUGUUUUCUUUUACUGGCAAUAAAAAGAGCAUCUCUGGAGGAGGUAUCAACUAUUUCUACGGCAAGCCUGCACUGAACUUUUAUACCCAAUUAAAGACGGUAACGAGCAUGUGGAAAGUAAGCCAGACCACUAGCACCCGGGCGAAGGUGGACAUGCCGACAAUGCGAUGA